GGGUGUAUUUUCGCUGAACAGUAUGCGGAGCUGGAGGUACAGACCGAGUCUGAUGUUGUGAUGGAGGGAGACUGGAUUUUGUUUGUCUGUGGUUCAUGCAUCCCCUCCAUGACUGUACCAACCUAUAUUUGGAAGAAAGAUGGCCGUCUGCACAGUCAACACCAUGGGAACAACAUACUUCUUUUGGAGCCUGUCGAGCUGGAGAACGGAGGCCGAUAUUCUUGCACUAUAAGCGGUCAUGAGGGACUCAACUCCACGUCUGCUGAAAUCACUGUUAGACCUGGAUAUCCUCCAAAGAGCGUCUCAGUGUCCAUCAGUUCAUCUGGUGAAAUAGUGGAGGGAGAUUCAGUGACUCUGAGCUGCAGCAGUGAUGCAAAACCACCUGCAGAAAUCAGUUGGAUUAAGGAAGGAAUGUUUGUAGUAUCUGGAAAAAUGUAUAGCAUCUCAAAUAUCAGCUCUAAUCACAGUGGAGAAUACAAGUGCAGAUCCAGAAAUAAAUAUGGAGAGAAAGACUCUGAUGCUGUGAAGCUGAAUGUGAUAUACGCUCCAAAAGAUGUUGUGGUGACCGCCAACCCAUCUGGUGAAAUAGUGGAGGGAGAUUCAGUGACUCUGAUCUGCAGCAGUGAUUCAAACCCUCCUGCAGAAAUCAGCUGGUUUAAGGACAGAAAGUCUGUAGGAUCUGGAAAAAUCUACAGCAUCUCAAAGAUCAGCUCUGAUCACAGUGGAGAAUACAAGUGCAGAUCCAGAAAUAAACAUGGAGAGAAAGACUCUGAUGUUGUGAAGCUGAAUGUGAUGUAUGCUCCAAGAGAUGUUGUGGUGACCCUUAAUCCGUCUGGUGAAAUAGUGGAGGGAGAUUCAGUGACUCUGAACUGCAGCAGUGAUUCAAACCCUCUUGGAUAUUUCAACUGGUUUAAGCGAAAAGACAAUGUUGCAUCUGGAAGAACAUACAGAAUCACAAACAUCAGCUCUGAUCACAGUGGAGCAUACAAGUGCAGAUCCAAAAAUACAUAUGGAGUGAGAUACUCUGAUGUUGUGAAGCUGAAUGUGAUGUAUGCUCCAAGAAAAGUUGUGGUGACCCUUAAUCCAUCUGGUGAAAUAGUGGAGAGAGAUUCAGUGACUCUGAUCUGCAGCAGUGAUUCAAACCCUCCUGCUCUGAACUUCAGCUGGUUUAAAGGGGAAACAUUACUGGGAUCUGGUGACACCUACAGAAUUCAUAGCAUUAAGUCUGAGGACAGUGGAAACUAUCAUUGCUCUGCAAGAAAUAAACAUGGAUCUCAGGCCUCUGCUGCUGUGAUUGUAAAUGUCAUGUAUCCUCCACAGAACGUCUCAGUGUUCAUCAGUAUAUCUGGUGAAAUAGUGGAGGGAGAUUCAGUGAUUCUGAACUGCAGCAGUGAUUCAAACCCUCCUGCAGAAAUCAGCUGGAUUAAAGGAGGACAGUAUGCUGAAUCUGGAAAAAUCUACAGCAUCUCAAAGAUCAGCUCUGAUCACAGUGGAGAAUACAAGUGCAGAUCCAGAAAUAAACAUGGAGAGAAAGACUCUGAUGUUGUGAAGCUAAAUGUGAUGUAUGCUCCAAGAGAUGUUGUGGUGACCCUUAAUCCGUCUGGUGAAAUAGUGGAGGGAGAUUCAGUGACUCUGAACUGCAGCAGUGAUUCAAACCCUCCUGCUCUGAACUUCAGCUGGUUUAAAGGGGAAACAUUACUGGGAUCUGGUGACACCUACAGAAUUACUAGCGUUAAGUUUGAGGACAGUGGAAACUAUCAUUGCUCUGCAAGAAAUAAACAUGGAUCUCAGGCCUCUGCUGCUGUGGCUGUAAAUGUCAUGUAUCCUCCACAGAACGUCUCAGUGUUCAUCAGCAUAUCUGCUGAAAUAGUGGAGGGAGAUUCAGUGAUUCUGAGCUGCAGCAGUGAUUCAAACCCUCCUGCAGAAAUCAGCUGGUUUAAAGGAGAAAAGUAUGUAAGAUCUGGAAGAAUCUAUAACAUCUCAAAGAUCAGCUCUGAUCACAGUGGAGAAUACAAGUGCAGAUCCAGAAAUAAACAUGGAGAGAAAGACUCUGAUGCUGUGAUGCUGAAUGUGAUGUAUGCUCCAAGAGAUGUUGUGGUGACCCUUAAUCCGUCUGGUGAAAUAGUGGAGGGUGAUUCAGUGACUCUGAACUGCAGCAGUGAUUCAAACCCUCUUGGAUAUUUCAACUGGUUUAAGCGAAAAGACAAUGUUGCAUCUGGAAGAACAUACAGAAUCACAAACAUCAGCUCUGAUCACAGUGGAGCAUACAAGUGCAGAUCCAAAAAUACAUAUGGAGUGAGAUACUCUGAUGUUGUGAAGCUGAAUGUGAUGUAUGCUCCAAGAAAUGUUGUGGUGACCCUUAAUCCAUCUGGUGAAAUAGUGGAGGGAGAUUCAGUGACUCUGAACUGCAGCAGUGAUUCAAACCCCCCUGCAGAAAUCAGCUGGAUUAAAGGAGGACAGUAUGCUGAAUCUGGAAAAAUCUACAGCAUCUCAAAGAUCAGCUCUGAUCACAGUGGAGAAUACAAGUGCAGAUCCAGAAAUAAACAUGGAGAGAAAGACUCUGAUGUUGUGAAGCUGAAUGUGAUGUAUGCUCCAAGAGAUGUUGUGGUGACCCUUAAUCCGUCUGGUGAAAUAGUGGAGGGAGAUUCAGUGACUCUGAUCUGCAGCAGUGAUUCAAACCCUCCUGCUUUGAACUUCAGCUGGUUUAAAGGGGAAACAUUACUGGGAUCUGGUGACACCUACAGAAUUACUAGCGUUAAGUUUGAGGACAGUGGAAACUAUCAUUGCUCUGCAAGAAAUAAACAUGGAUCUCAGGCCUCUGCUGCUGUGGCUGUAAAUGUCAUGUAUCCUCCACAGAACGUCUCAGUGUUCAUCAGCAUAUCUGCUGAAAUAGUGGAGGGAGAUUCAGUGACUCUGAGCUGCAGCAGUGAUUCAAACCCUCCUGCAGAAAUCAGCUGGUUUAAGGAGGAUGAAACCUCAGCUGUUGGAUCUGGACAGAGUUUCAGUCCACUACAGAGUGGACGCUUCUACUGUAAGGCUCAGAAUAAAUACGGAUCUCAGAGAUCAGCGUCUGUUUCAGUCACUGUUAAAGGGGUUCAGAGAGCUGCACACAGUUAUUGGGAUUGUGGUGGGAUGUGGAGGAUUGAUCUUCAUCUUCAUCGUCAUCAUCAUCAUUGUGUUCAUAAGUAGGAAGAGGAGGAGAGAAAGUGGAACUGAAGAUGUGAAUCAAAAGCAGGCG